AUGUUGAACAGGGCAUCGACCUCCUCCAGUGCGGGGCCUCCUCUGCCCUCAAGGCAGCCAUCGACCAUUCAUCGCAGUGUCACCAGUAACAAAUCCUCUAUUGGCAUCAGUCGAAACUUUGCGACAAUCAAGGAUGAUUAUAGAGAGGUCUAUAGGGAUCUGACACAGAUCUACAAGCGCAAAAUUCGACCAUUGGAGACGACCUACAACUUUGAGGGCUUUCAUUCUGCACCAUUGACGGACAGCGAUAUUCUGGCGAAGCCCAUGGUACUCUUGCUGGGGCAAUACAGCACAGGCAAGACAACGUUUAUCAAACAUCUGAUUGAGUCCGACUAUCCUGGAUCUCAUAUUGGAGUGGAGCCAACGACUGAUCGAUUCGUGGCGGUGAUGAAUGGGUCAGAACCUCGAGUGAUCCCGGGAAAUGCGGCAGCAGUGUCCGCAGACCUACCUUUCCGAGGACUCGACCGAUUUGGACAAGCAUUCCUGACCCGCUUUCAGGUCUCACAGUGCCCCAACACCUUGCUCGAGAACAUGACCCUGAUCGACACUCCCGGUAUUUUGGCCGGUGACAAGCAGAGAGUCGAGCGUGGCUACGAUUUCACAAAGACGAUCGAGUGGUUUGCACAACGGUCGGAUCUGAUCCUCCUAUUCUUUGACUCCCACAAGCUGGAUAUUUCGGACGAGUUUAAGAGCUCGAUCUUUGCGCUUAAAGGACAGGAGGAGAAAGUCCGUGUCAUCCUCAACAAGAGCGACAUGGUAGAUCAACAGCAGUUGAUGAGGGUCUACGGCGCACUAAUGUGGUCCCUGGGCAAGGUGAUCCAGACGCCCGAAGUCAUGAGGGUGUAUCUGGGAUCGUUUUGGUUGAUUAAACCUCCCAACGUGUUCGAGGACUGCCGAGCGCUUUUGGAGAAGGAACAAGCGGAUCUGCUCAAGGACCUCAGAGAGCUGCCACGGAACGCCGCUGUACGAAAGGUUAAUGAAAUAGUGAAGCGUGCAAGACUGGCAAGAGUCCAUGCCUAUAUUAUUGGACACCUUCGUAAGGAGAUGCCGGCGGUCUUUGGCAAGAAGUCGCGUCAACGUGAGCUCAUCAAUGGUCUGCAGGGCGAGUUCUUGAAGGUCCAACAGAUCUAUAGCGUUCCAGUUGGCGAUUUUCCCAACGUCGCAGCAUUCCGACAGUGUCUCGAGGCCUACAAGUUUGAGAACUUUGCCAAGAUAAGUUCACCGAUACUCACUGUGGCCGAGGAAGCUCUUUCGGUUGAUCUGCCAAAGAUCAUGUCACGGUUCCCGCAUCAGGUGAACCCAGUGUUGGAGCUGUCGCAGAAGAACCCAUUCCUGGGCCCACAAGAGCCCUUUAAUGGGCUUAAUACCAACGCCAACAGUGACAUCCCUCCCGGCUACUGGCAUUUCUCCUCAGUUGAUAAGGCGAGUGCUUGUCCCGUCUUCCAGUCCCUGAACCCGAUCGAGGGCAAGAUCAACGGCUCGACAGCCAAACCGUAUUUGAUGGGCACAGGUUUAUCUGUGGAGGCGUUGGCCAAGAUCUGGACACUAGCGGAUUGGACGUGCGAUGGCUAUCUGAGCGAGGACGAAUUUGCAGUGGCACUGCAUUUGGUCCGCGCAGUCGAAAGCGGAGGCGAAAGUAUUUUGCCUGCUUCGCUACCCGAAACUAUGCUCCCUUAA